GGGCAGCCCCUGCCCCCACAGGCACAUGCCCCAGGGGGCUUCACGACAGCUCAGGAAGGAUCUCUGUGUCUUGGAUUAGAGAGCUAAGGAUUUCUUGUGUCUGGUCAGCCCAUCCUGGAUGCCUGGGAAGAUGUCGGUGGUGCAGUGAAUGCAGCCUGGUGGCUGGAGAGUGCAGCUGUAUUGCCCAUGGAGCUGCAGGCCCCGGAGGCCUCCGCCCAGCUCUUUUUACCAGCUCUGGAGAGGCCAGAGGCUUAGACUCAGAGAGGAGAGUAUUGUGGACAGAUGCCCCCACACUGUGGGAGCUCCUGAGCUAGUUGGUGAGCCAGGGCUCUGGAGAGGAAGAUGCCAGCCAAGGGGCGCUACUUCCUUAAUGAGGGAGAAGAGGGUCCUGACCAGGCGGCACUCUAUGAGAAGUAUCGCCUCACCAGCCAGCACAGACCGCUGUUGCUGGUGCUGCUGGUGGUGGCCGUUGCUGCCUGCAUUGCACUCAUCGCCAUCACCUUCAGCCACAAGGACUCCUCUGGACACCAGGCCGUCCUGGGCACAGCAUUCUUCACACUCAUGGUGUUCACAGCUCUCUAUGUGCUGGUGUACAUUGAGUGCCUUGUGCAGCGAUGGCUGUGGGCCCUGGCACUGCUCACCUGGGCCUGCUUCAUGAUGCUGGGCUAUGUGCUGGUGUGGGACUCCUGGAAGAGGACAGCCUGUGCGUGGGAGCAGGUGCCCUUCUUCCUGUUUAUCAUCUUUGUGGGGUAUACGCUGUUGCCCCUCAGCAUGCGGGGCGCCAUCACCGUGGGGGUGCUUUCCUCUGCCUCCCACCUCCUGGUGUUCGGUGCUCUGAUGGGAAUCUUCACGAAGCCCUUCGUCCAGGUGGGGCUGCAGCUGCUGGCCAACACCAUCAUCUUCCUGUGCGGGAACUUCACGGGUGCCUUCCACAAGCACCAGAUGCAGGAUGCCUCCCGGGACCUCUUCACCUACACGGUCAAGUGCAUCCAGAUUCGCCGGAAGCUGCGUGUAGAGAAGCGCCAGCAGGAGAACCUGCUCCUGUCUGUGUUGCCGGCCCACAUCUCCAUGGGCAUGAAGCUAGCCAUCAUCGAGCGGCUCAAGGAGAACGGCGGCUGCCGUUACAUGCCCGACCACAACUUCCACAGCCUCUAUGUGAAGCGGCACCAGAACGUCAGCAUCCUGUAUGCAGACAUCGUGGGCUUCACCCAGCUGGCCAGUGACUGCUCCCCCAAAGAGCUGGUGGUGGUACUGAACGAACUCUUCGGCAAGUUUGACCAGAUUGCCAAGGCCAACGAGUGCAUGCGGAUCAAGAUCCUGGGUGACUGUUACUACUGCGUGUCUGGCUUGCCCGUAUCCCUGCCCACCCAUGCCCGCAACUGUGUGAAGAUGGGGCUGGACAUAUGCGAAGCCAUCAAGCAGGUGCGGGAGGCCACGGGCGUGGAUAUCAGCAUGCGUGUCGGCAUCCACUCAGGGAAUGUGCUGUGUGGGGUCAUCGGGCUGCGCAAGUGGCAGUAUGACGUGUGGUCCCAUGAUGUGUCUCUGGCCAAUAGGAUGGAGGCGGCCGGAGUCCCAGGCCGGGUGCACAUCACAGAGGCAACACUGAACCACUUGGACAAGGCCUAUGAGGUGGAGGAUGGGCAGGGGCAGCAGCGGGACCCCUACCUGAAAGAGAUGAACAUCCGCACUUACCUGGUGAUCGACCCUCGGAGCCAGCAGCCACCCCCACCCAGCCAACAACCCCCCAGGCCCAAGGGAGAUGCGGCCCUGAAGAUGCGGGCUUCUGUGCGUGUGACCCGCUACCUUGAGUCCUGGGGGGCAGCACGGCCCUUUGCACACCUCAACCACCGCGAGAGCGUAAGCAGCAGCGAGACACUCAUCCCCAAUGGGCGCAGGCCCAAGGCCAUUCCCCUGCGGCGCCACCGGACCCCUGACAGAAGUGCAUCCCCCAAAGGGCGCUCAGAGGAUGACUCCUACGACGAUGAGAUGCUGUCGGCCAUCGAGGGGCUCAGCUCCACCAGGCCCUGCUGCUCCAAGUCUGAUGAUUUCCACACCUUCGGGCCCUUCUUCCUGGAGGAGGGCUUUGAGCGAGAGUACCGCCUGGCACCAAUCCCUCGGGCCCGCUAUGACUUCGCCUGCGCCAGCUUGGUUUUCCUCUGCAUCUUGCUCGUCCAUGCCCUGGUGAUGCCCAGGAUGAUGCCCCUGGGUGUGUCCUUUGGGCUGGUGUCCUGCCUGCUGGGGCUGGUGCUAAGUCUGUGCUUUGCUACUGAGUUCUUGAGGUGUUGCCCAGCCCAGGGGAUGCUGCAGGCCGUCUCCGGAUGGGUGGAGACACGAACUCUUCUGAGGCUGUUUCUGGCUGUGCUGACCAUCGGUAGCCUGCUCACUGUCGCCAUCAUCAACCUGCCACUGAUGCUCGACUCAGCCCUGGGGCUGCCUGGUGGCAAUGAGACCAGCCUGCCGGCCUCAAGGAGCAAGGACAGGACUCUGUGUGUCCUCCUCCCAUACUACAGCUGCAGCUGUAUCCUGGGCUUCAUCGCCUGCUCGGUCUUCCUGCGGAUGAGCCUGGAGCUGAAGGUCCUCCUGCUGACGGUGGCCCUGGUGGCCUACCUGGUGCUCUUCAACCUCUCCCUGUGCUGGCAGGACCAUUGUGCCCACAGCCCAGGCAACUUCACCCAGGCCAACACCACCAUAAGCAGUGCACUGGACUGUUCACCAAGGGACCUGAAGACCAUGAUCAACUUCUACCUGGUUCUGUUCUACAGCACUCUGGUCAUGUUGUCCAGACAGAUCGACUAUUACUGCCGCCUGGAUUGUUUGUGGAAGAAGAAGUUCAAGAAGGAACAUGAGGAGUUUGAGACCAUGGAAAACGUGAACCGCCUUCUCCUGGAGAAUGUCCUGCCAGCCCACGUGGCUGCCCACUUCAUUGGAGACAAGCUAAAUGAGGACUGGUACCAUCAGUCCUAUGACUGUGUCUGUGUCAUGUUUGCAUCUGUGCCGGACUUCAAAGUGUUCUACACAGAGUGUGAUGUCAACAAGGAGGGGCUGGAGUGUCUGCGCCUGCUCAACGAGAUCAUCGCUGACUUCGACGAGCUGCUGCUGAAGCCCAAGUUCAGUGGCGUGGAGAAGAUCAAGACCAUUGGCAGCACCUACAUGGCAGCUGCGGGGCUCAGUGUCCCUUCGGGGCAUGAGAACCAGGACUUGGAGCGGCAGCACACGCACAUCGGCGUCAUGGUAGACUUCAGCAUCGCCCUGAUGAGCAAGCUGGAUGGGAUCAACAGGCACUCCUUCAACUCCUUCCGCCUCCGUGUCGGCAUGAACCAUGGGCCUGUGAUUGCUGGAGUAAUUGGAGCCCGAAAACCUCAGUAUGACAUCUGGGGAAAUGCAGUCAACGUUGCCAGCCGCAUGGAGAGCACUGGAGAACUGGGCAAAAUCCAGGUUACUGAAGAGACAUGUACCAUCCUCCAGAGACUAGGCUACUCUUGUGAAUGCCGGGGGCUGAUCAACGUUAAGGGCAAAGGCGAGCUACGAACUUACUUCGUUUGUACAGACACUGCCAAGUUUCAAGGCCUUGGGCUGAACUGAAGAUUUCCAGUGGUCAAUCUCCUUCACUGAGCAAGCCAAGACCCAACCCUGUGGAAACAGCAUUUGGCCCAAGGCCAGGUCCUGGCAGCAAGGCUGCUUAGAUGACACUUUAACCUCUGCUGUCAAGCUAUGUUUCCAUGUCAGCUGGUGUACUGAAUGUACUUGUGAGCAUGCACAAAAGACCAAUGCUUUAUAGGUCAAUGGAGGAGUAGGCUGGGCUGUGCAGUAUGGGUCUGUUCUAUCCAGCAGGACAAGCAUUCUGGCAAGGGGAGUUUACAGCAGUGUAUCAUUUCUUUAACCACUCACCACAUGUAAAUAGGACUACUGUCCAGUGACCUGGGUAUUUAUGGGAUUAACCUAGCUGGGGUAUAAAUCCUAAGGAAUGUGGCUUACAGCAAGGAGUGUCAAGCCUGGACUUAGAAUCAGGCAACUUUGAUACAAGUCUUCUGGGACUAUGUUCAAUAAGCUGAAAAGGCUUGAAAUAAGGUAUAAUCUUUCUACUUUUUCCUGACUACCAUCAUUGAGUUCUCUCUUACAGUCUUCAACUAUCAACUACGUCUUUUUUUUUUUGCCAGUUCUGAGACUCAGAACCUUAUGCUCCCACAUGAGGCCACACCCACUUUUGGCUUUUUGCUGGUUAAUAGGAAAUCAGAAUCUUGGG